UCCGCUCCAAUAGGCCACGGCAGCAGCCUCGGUUCUCUCCGCCGUGCCUCCCUCGCCUCCGACGCGGCUUCCGGGCGCCUCCUCGCCGCUCUUCGCUCCUCUCGUCUCCUUACCAGGACGCCUAUCGGACCGCUGGGCUUGUUUCUUCGAUCGCUGAUGGAGCAGCAGGCGAUUGAGAUUUAUCGACAGCCGUUGGAAGAGCCGGAGUUGUUUUGGGCGCCGAUUGAACAAGCGGAGCAGGGACUCUAUGGCUUUCUUGGCGAUCUGCAGCUCAGCGUCGCGAGUGGCAGCCCCCGCGGAUUACAGAUAGAGAAUUCUGGAGCACGCGUUGAGGAUGGCGUUUUGAUCCUACAACUGCUGGAAGAGCCCCAAGAUGAGGCAAACCUAAAUGAUUGGUUGUCAGGUGAUUUGCAUCCAUCUCCAUUGUUGGACACAAAUGCACAUUAUCAGACAAAAUGUAGGAGAAGUGGCCGAAGAGGAACUCGGAAGAGAAGGACGUCUCCUUGGAACCCGAUGUUCUUUGAAAGUCGUGUUAGUAGGGAGUACACAAGUAGGAAAAACAAUAGCCGGUGGACUGCUAAAGAAGUGGAGAUACUGGUACAAGGUGUCUCUAAAUUUGGUGUUGGACGAUGGGUCAUGUUGAAGCGGCAAUUUUUCAAAACGUCAAUUAGGACAUCAGUUAAUCUUAAGGACAAGUGGAGAAAUCUGUUGAAAGCUUACCAGGGAAAUUCACAAAAAACUACACAGCUGUAUCUUGAGCCAUCAUUGGUUGAACAGAUCAGGAAGGUGGCAGAAAAACAUCCAUAUCCAAAUAAAAGGCACAAAUAAGAACUGCGACUUAAUCAUUGUAUAGACUCUAUAGCAUGGAGUUAGCCUUAUCUAAAACUAAAAGGGAAGGGAACUGUAGAAAGCAGGUUAUUUGUGAAAUGGAGGGAGGGUUUUUGAAGAUGCUGAAUCUUUUACUUUUGUCCAUCUCUGUCCUCUGUAAAGACCAAAACCACUCUCUGUAAAAUGUUUGGUGGUUCAAUUUCAGUUCUUGCUCAUUUGGUGGUUAACCACAGUAGGGUUACUGAUCCUGCUCGUGACCACCUCUAUGGGAAGUUCACAGGUUCUUAUCUUGAUUCUCUAGGAGUGGCAGCAAAGUAGCAAACCAGAAACUUACUGCUUAUGAGGAGCAACUUGUAGCUGGCGUAACACUGUUUGCUAUGUCAUCAAUUGGUAGAAAAAAAAGUUACCUGAGUUCCCGUUUCUCUCUGUAGUUUGCUGUAAAGUACAAGAUUCAAUUUUGGUGUGUGCAAGGUUCUAUUCAUAGAAACCUUGGAAUAUUUGAACCUCUCUGAAUAUUAAAUGCUUCAUGGGAAUUGUUGCA